GCAAAACCUAGACAACUGAUGCUGUGGCCACCGAGGGAAUGAAAUCCUGAAUUUCCAAGUAAAAUUUGUAGUAAUUAUCUGAUGUACAUAGAAGUCCUCAUAGAGAAACAUUUAUGAAUGACGUCCAAAUUCCACUAUUUGGUCAGACAAGAGUAGCCCAAGAACUAAGGAGAAAGAAGUAAAGACAUGGGACGAACAACACAAAUUGUUGCUGCCCUGAGCUUAGCUGUGUUGGCGCUGCUAGUUGGCAUACUAAUUGGUAACUAUGGGAUUGGCGGUAGACCCAUGAGCGAACACGAACGACACAAACUCCAAGUGGCCGAAAGACUAACUGUUCCUUCAUAUGAAGAAAACGAUAAAGUUUCGAAAUAUAUAAUAAACAAUGCAAAGCCAGAAAACAUUAAAAAGUACCUCAAGUAUUUAUCCAAGAAACCUCACGUGGCAGGGACUGCACGUGACUUCGAACUGGCGAAAUACAUUCGAAAUAUGUGGUCGAAUCAGGGAUUAGAUAAAGUUGAAAUGGUUCCAUAUAACAUUCUACUCUCGUAUCCAGAUCCACAACAUCCAAAUACGGUGGAGAUAGUUGACAGCAAUAACGGAGAAGUUUUUUUUACCGCACAACUGCAAGAGAAGAAAGUUCCUCAAGCAGGUGGAGAAGAUAUGGGUAUGGCGUAUAACGGGUUUUCCCCGAGUGGAGACGUUACGGUAUGGAAUGCCCAUGAGAGGGGCGCUGUUGGGGUCAUUUUGUACCUUGAUCCUGCAGAAGUUGCUUUGGAAGGAACGGACCCUGACCAUGUGUAUCCUAAAUCCUGGUGGAUGCCGGAAACAGCAAUGCAGCGGGGCUCUGUUUAUACUAGUGAUGGCGAUCCCUUAACACCGGGGUAUCCAUCU